UGAAACCCUUUUACAUAUUUUCAACGUGCGUUUCUGCUUGGGAUCUGUAUAUUUUUAGCGCCGGCGUUUUUGCGGCCCUCCAGUUUUCGUGCCCCCCGUUUCUAACAAUUUGCUACCUUCCUUCCGCUCCGCCGUUUCUGGGAUUUUUCGGCUCUAGAUUCAGUUUAAUCCCUUCUCUUCAAGGCGUUUCUUUGAUUCUGCAACCUCUCUCCUGGUGAUGAACCCCUGAGGUCCUCUCGAAUUCUCGAUCCCCUCCUGCCUAUUUUUCCCCGUUGCGUCAUUUUCAUUCAUCAUGAGCAGAUAAACAAAUAAUCCUCUACUUUUUUUAUCCAUCUGUAAUUCUUUAUUAUCAAUUCGUCCCUACCAUGCUGUUAUUGCUGUCCGAUUAUCGCAAUUUCGUGCUGUUCACUAUGUUAAAGUUGUCGAUUCAAAGGCGAUGAACUGUUCGACGAUGGCUCUCCAGCAGAUGCCGUGUGCACUUGAAGUAACUGACAGAAGGCCACAGAGCUUAUCAGAUACUCAGUGUGACAGAUUGGGCGAUCAUAUUAGUAAUAGUAGCUUUUCAAAGUUUAGCUCUACCAAGGGCCACACUAUACAGAAGCCUGAGAAAAGGGACAUCACAUUUGCAACGCUUUCCCCUAGGUGCAAUUCAGAUUGGAAAUUGGUUCCCUUUCUUUCUGACAUACAAGACAUCAACAAGAGAAGCUAUUUCACAUCAGGAACUGCUGGCACAGAGAGCUUUCAGUUCCCUUGGCCAAUAAUAUUUUACUGGUUAGACUAUCCAAAUGAAAAGAACAUGCACGAUCAGAUUGAUCAUUCUAAAACAUUUUCCAGUGGAAGCCCACCACCAGGAAUCACCUUAAAACAGUGUCAGCAUAGGAGAAAAAUCAAGAAACCAUCGACCGUAUUACCUCCCUGCAAUGUGCUUGUAAAUAAUUCUUCCAAGUCUGUUGCUGCUCCUGUAAGAUCUGAUUCUGAUAUUCUGCAUGAUGAUGGUAAGGCUCCAAGAAAGAACCCUAAAAAGAAAAGAAACAACAAGAAAGGAAAACACUUCAGGCGAGGAGCCUGCAAAAGGCUUAAUUUGUCAUCAGAAAUCCAUUGUGAAGAGAACAUUGAUGCUGCUUCUCCUGUUGAGGUUCUUACUGAUUUGCUGGUUGAUAAAUUGUCAGAAACCUCAUCCUCUGCUGGCUCAUUGGUUAAAGAAGCCCAUUUUGGCGAAGAUAAUGGUGGGAAGAACAAUGAAUACGUGGAAUGUCGAACUAAAUUGAACCCAUCUACACUAGGAAGUGCUGAUAUGGAUGGCUCUGGAUGUACAGGUUCAUCUACAAAGACAGUAGGCGAUAUAUUUAGCUGCAAGGGUGUUAAAUACUUGAUUGAUGGAUCAAACAAUUCUGAUAAUUCAGAAUUCCUUGGAUCCACUUUCACUGAAGAUGGCUGUCCUUCCAUGGGGAAACAAAGCAGCAAUUACGAGAAAUCACUGUGUGCGUGUGUUUGUAACUCUAAUGAUGCAACAAUAUAUUCGAUGUUUAACAAGUUGGAAAGGGACAACACUGUGAACUGCAGUGCCAACAAUGAGGUGAGUGAUUCAUGCCAUCCAAUAGGGGCUCAUUUAAGCGCAAGUCCUGCUGAAGAUUCAAAUGGUUCCUUUGGAAGCAGCUCAUGCUGCUCAAAGGAUGUUGCUGAUAGCAGUAGUCAUACUGAAAGAGUAAAGUGCAGCAGUGAAGCGUGCAGCAGCAAGACUUCCCUUCCAGUUGUUCCUGGGAGAAGUAGAAAAAAAUCAAGAAAAACAUCUAACUAUGGUUAUUUGACUGCAACUAGUGGAAUACUAGGCACUAAUAAGAACAAGCACAGUGGUAAAUACAGUUCAACUUCAGUGUGGCAAAAGGUAGAAAAACUUAAUGUGGAGAAUACAUGUAAAGCAGUAUGUAUGGUUGAUUCAGGUAUUCAAAACAAGAAUGCAUUCGAAAACAUUAGCAAGGGCACACAACAUAGUCUAACAAGGUCAAUGACAACACAUAAUCAGAGCAGAAAAAUGUGUAAUCAGCCUUCACCAGACGAGAGAAUUGAAAUGGAGCAUGCCAAAGAAAAUGAUGCACUAAACUCAUAUCAAGAAUUUUCCAGAUACAAGCACAAGAAACAAACACCAUUUCUAUACCAGCAAACAGGUUUAUCUUCUAACCAGGGUAUUCAGCCAUCAGUAAGCUACCAUGAUCCUAAGAAUGGUAUCGCCAUGGUGCCAAAGAAUCACUUCCAACAGAAAAAUGGAUUGCCUAUGAUGCAGCUAAUACAUGACAAGGACUCCAGUGUUGCUACCGGAGUGAGCAGCAACUGCCCAGCUGAGGGAAAUGGGAGCUCACAAUCUGGUGUUGAGAAAAAAGCAGCACUCGCAUCUUGCAACAUGAAUUAUUAUUGUGCCCCACAAGCUACAUAUAAGGAAACAUGUAAAUCAACCAUUCAAGAGGAUCCUCAUUCUUCCUCAACCGAAAAUGAGGCCAUAUCCACAAAUUCAAAUUCCAGGAACAUGUGUGUGGAUCCUUGCCCUGCAGAAAGGGAAGAAAAUUGCCAUGUGAAGUUGACAACAGAGAAUACUCCUAAACAAUUCGGUACCUUGUAUUCUGCUUCUGGAAAAUGUUGCAAGUUAUAUUCUGCUGCUGCACAUGUUUCACAGAAAUGGGUUGCUGUCUCGAAUAAAAAUAUAGUCCAAUUCAAUGGUUCAGAGACUUCUGUUGAUGCCUCGGUUCUAACUAAUGGUAUUCCUGUUUCUGCUAACUUUGAUGUUGGAGCCAAUAUUCCUAAUUUUCCUGCAUCAGCUGACAACGGAAUCAACAAGUUGGCUUCUGAGAUAUCUGAUAUACUGAACUCGUCCGAACAUCUUGAUUUGAGAUGCCAACCAUGUACUGAUACUAGUACUGAUUUCAAGAAGAUAAGACAAGCCGUUUGUGACGCUCACAUGGCGCAACAGAGAGUGGAAAAUGUCCAAGUUAUCUUUGGCAGGCCUCUUGCUGAUUUUGAGCGAUUUAUUUGCUCUGCUUCCCCGGUUCUGUACUGCAGCACUUGCCCUGCUGGCAAAGACUUCUGCUCACAGGAAUGGAUAAAAGAUGGCAUGUGCUUUCAUCAGAGUACCAAUAUCACUCUAAGUAGAAUUUGGCAGUGGUAUGAAGAACCUUGCUGCUAUGGUCUGGAAGUAAAGGCUCAAGAUUUUUGUAGAUCGAAAGGCUUGUGGAAUAGUCGUGAUCAGUUCACCACCUAUUUUGUGCCAUAUUUAUCUGCGGUUCAAUUGUUUGGGCAAGCUAAGAGAGCUAGCACUAGAAGGGUUGACAAGGAAGCAGCUGGUAUGGAUGUUACAUCUAAAAUAUCUCCAUGUAUGAGUUCUCUCCCUAUCUUAGCGAAGCUUCUGCCACAGCAAUUGCAUGAAACAAGUAGCCCAUCUGAUUUGCAUACUAAAUGUGAUCAGCAUGGAGAGCUCAUAUUUGAAUUUUUUGAAUCUGAACCACCAUUUUCGCGACGGCAGUUGUUUGAGAAGAUAAAUGAGCUGAUUAGUGGUGUCAAACCGUCAAACUGCCAAAUAUCAGGAGAUCCAAAGAGUUUGGAGCUCAGCCUGCGUGAUCUUCAUCCCACCUCUUGGUAUUGUGUUGCAUGGUAUCCCAUAUACCGUAUACCUGAUGGUAAAUUUCAGGCAGCGUUCUUAACAUACCAUUCUCUUGGGCACUGGAUUCUGGAGGGCACAUCAGAGCAGGCUGGUCACACUCGUGCAGUUUUGCCAGUCAUAGGGCUUCAGUCUUACAAUGACAAGGGGGAAUGGUGGUUUGAGGUGAGUAGAUCCAGUGCUGAAGAAGCAGAGUGGACAGAAGAAGAGUCAGCGUGGAGUGAAGCAUCCCAGGCUGUGAAAGAGCGAGUGCGCACGCUGAAUGAAGCCGCAGGAGUGAUGUCAAGCGCAAAUGUGGUCAAGGAGCAGGGCAUGUGUAGAAACAGACAUCCAGAUUAUGGCUUCUUCUUGUCUCGGCAACCUCGACGCUGAUUCAGGAGCUAUGUCUUACUAGGUUUGUGUACAUAUGUGUGCAAUUAGCAGGGUAGCCUGCCUGCCUGCCUUUUCUUAACAUGAUGUACGUAGGAGCUUCUCUUGUCUUGUCUUGUAGUAGUUGUAAGCAAGCGUGGUGUGGACAUCAUCACGCAGGGCAUAAUGUCAAUGAUAUAACAUAAUUAAAUGUGGAGGUGAUCAAUGAUAAGAAGACGAGACAGAACCUUUA